ACCCGCACUCGCACUCGCACUUUUCAGUCAGGACUUCGGUGUGUCCGGGUGGUUCCACCAGCCAGCAGCAGCAGCACAACCAAGGAAAGCCGACGAGAUGCGGAUGCCUCUGCUGCUGUUGGCCGCGCUGUGUGCCGUGGGCUCGGAGCCCGUGACGCUGGUGCAGGAGGCGGAUGUGAGCCCCACGGAAGAGUCGGCCCUGCUCCGACCCAAAGUCCUGAUCGCCAUCCUGGCUCGCAACGCGGCGCACAGCCUCGCUCAUUACCUGGGAUGCAUCGAGAGGCUGGACUACCCCAAGGAGCGCAUCGCAAUCUGGGCCGCCAGCGACCACAACGUGGACAACACCACGGCCAUGUUGCGAGAAUGGCUGAUGAACGCCCAGCGUCUCUACCAUUACGUGGAGUGGAGGCCCAUGGAGGAGCCCAGGUUCUACACGGACGAGUGGGGUCCCAAGGACUGGUGUUCAUCCAGGUUCAACCAUGUGAUGAAGCUGAGGCAGGCGGCGCUCAAGGCGGCCAGGGAACGAUGGGCUGACUUUAUACUGUUUGUCGACAGUGACAACCUUCUCACCAACCCGCGUGUGCUCAACCUGCUUAUCGCCGAGAACUUGACCGUGGUCGCCCCCAUGAUGGAGUCCCGCUCCUUGUACUCCAACUACUGGUGCGCCAUGACCCCACAGGGCUAUUACAAGAGGACCCCAGACUACCAGCCCAUCCGUGAGUGGAAGCGUCUGGGCUGCUUCCCGGUCCCCAUGGUGCACAGCACCUUCCUGUUGGACCUGAGACGGGAGUCCAGCCGAGAUCUGGCCUUCUACCCGCCUCACCCCGACUACAGCUGGUCCUUCGAUGACAUCAUGGUGUUUGCAUUCUCCGCACGUCAAGCGGAUGUGCAGAUGCACGUGUGUAACAGAGAGCACUACGGGUUCCUUCCCGUCCCCCUCAAACAACACCAGACUGUGGAGGAUGAGCGUGAGAGUUUCAUCCACACCACCACGGAGGCCUUGAUUGAGCACAGUCUUGAGCCUUCUGAGCAUCUUCACGUUCCGCCGUCUCCGCGGGACACCAUGACUUUCGAUGACAUCUUCCUCGUCAACCUGAAGCGUCGGCUGGACAGAAGAAGCCGGAUGUUGAAGACCAUGUCGGCGCUGGGCCUGCACGUCACGCUCUUGGACGCCGUGGACGGCAAAGCCCUCAACACGUCCCGGCUGCAGGCGCUGGGGAUCGAAAUGCUGCCCAGCUACAAGGACCCGUACUCGGGCCGGAUUCUGACCCGAGGCGAGAUCGGCUGCUUCCUUAGCCAUCACUCCAUAUGGAGCCAGGUGGUGGAGCGCGGCCUCCGCAAAGUUCUUGUUCUAGAGGACGACGUGAGGUUCGAGCCCCGCUUCAAUCGACGACUCCAGGCCAUUAUGGAGGAUACGGAUAAAGCCCAGCUGGACUGGGACCUCAUCUACGUGGGGCGCAAGCGCAUGCAAGUGAAGCAGCCCGAGCGCUCCGUGGACGGCGUCAACAACCUGGUGGAGGCCGACUACUCGUACUGGACGCUAGGCUACGCGCUGUCGCUGCAGGGAGCCACCAAGCUGCUGAACGCCAAAGGCUUCAGCAAAAUGCUGCCCGUCGACGAGUUCCUGCCCGUCAUGUUCAACAAACACCCCAACGUGGACUACAUGUCCCACUACGAGCCGCGAGACCUGCGAGCCUUCUCGGUGGAACCGCUGCUCAUCUACCCCACGCACUACACGGGCGAGCCGGGCUACAUCAGCGACACCGAGACCUCCACCAUCUGGGACGACGAGGCCGUGGCUACCGACUGGGACCGGCGGCUCGCCCGCAAGAGCACCCAGCAGGGCCGCAUCCGGAGCGUGGCCCAGAACAGCGUCACGGGGGACUCACCGCUGCCCGCCGCCAGGACCUCGCGGGACGAACUGUGAAGUGGUGGGAGUUUUGGAACGAGUGUGAAGGUUUUGGAAAAGACACUUGAAGUGGAGAUACUGUAUAUUCGUAAGAUGAGCAAGUGCCUUAAUUUAUUCCCAGCGUGCCUCUUUUGGUCAUUUGUACUACCCCAUUUCCUCAAAUCGUGGCCGUCAUCCAACUAAAUUAAAUACGUUCCUCAAAUAGACGCUUCUUUUUUU